AUGGGUGCUUAUAGAUAUUACUGGAUGGGGUUUCUGUUCACGGCAGCGGUGAUACUCUCCGCCGUUUCUCCGGCAGCGGCGUACCUCGCUACCACUGUUCUCCAUUUGGAGAGGACACCGUUACCUUUGGGCUCCUCAGCUGGUCUGAAGCAGCUCAGAGCUCAGGAUCGAGCCAGGCACGCCCGUAUCUUUGACGGAGUCGCCAACUUCUCUGUCUACGGCUCUGCCGAUACCCUUCUCUACGGGAUUUACUACACAAAAGUCAAGCUGGGGUCUCCUCCGCAGGAGUUCAGCUUGCAGAUCGAUACCGGCAGUGAUCUGCUCUGGGUAAACGCCAAAUCUUGCGCUAACUGUCCACGCUCGAGCAGUUUCGGGAUUGGCCUGAGCUAUUACGAUGCUGCUGCAUCUUCCACCGCCAAGGUGGUCCCCUGUCCGGAUAAAACUUGUCCAAAUCGGUGUACGAAGAAUGGUCAAUGUGGCUACACAAUAAAUUAUGAAGAUGAUGGUGUGACCAAUGGAGUUUAUGUGGUAGAUAGGGUCAAUUUGGAUUUCAUUCGGCCAGACUCAACCAUAGCCACCUCCUCAGCAGCUAUCGCGUUUGGUGCUAGCACCUACCUGUCUGGUGCAUUAGGUGAUUCAGCCCUUGCUGUUGACGGAAUCUUCGGACUUGGGCAAGGACCUCUCUCAGCCAUCUCACAGUUAUCCUCCAGAGGAAUAGUACCGCCAGUUUUCUCUCUUUGCCUGAAAGGAGAGGGCCUUGGCGGUGGUACUUUUGUUCUGGGAGAGAUAGCGGAGCCGGGGAUGGUCUAUACUCCGCUUGUCCCAGCACAGCCUCACUACAAUUUAUAUCUGCAAAGCAUUGCCGUGAACGGAGAGUUGUUGCCUGUCGAUCCAGCUGUCUUUGCAACGUCAACUGGUCGUGGAACCUUUGUUGACAGUGGGACGACUCUGGCAUACCUGGUGGACGAAGCUUAUGAACCAUUCAUACGUGCUGUUACUGCUGUGGUCUCACCAUCGGCGACUCCUAAAAUAAGUGAGGGACACCAGUGUUACUUACUCAGUUCUAGCGUAUCUCAAGUUUUUCCGGUAGUGAGCUUCAAUUUUGCCAACGGAGCUUCUCUCGUAUUAAAACCUGCUGACUACCUUUAUCAAUCUGUUAGGUAUGUUAGUGGGAUGUGGUGCAUAGGCAUCGUGAAGAAGCCUGGAAUGACCAUCUUAGGAGAUCUUGUUCUGAAAGACAAGAUUUUUGUGUACGAUCUGGUCCAUCGGCAGAUCGGAUGGACUAAUUACAAUUGCUUGAAUGCAGUAAAUGUUUCUGUUCCCAAACAGCGGAGCUCAAGCUGUUCUUCGAGAGACAUGCUGUUGAUGUCGCUGCCUCUGGCAAUCACCGCUCUCUUCUUACAAAUAUCAUCGGUGAUCGGGAUCAAGACAAUGUAA